UCCCACAAUUUAAAAAAAAAUAAAAACCAACAAAACACAACACAACCAACAAAACCAAACUCCCCAUUUCAAAUCCCACUCUCUCUCCACUCCUCUCUAUCUCUCUCACACCAACACACACAAAGUUGUCAAAAACAUCAUAGCAUGACUGGCCUUAUAAUGGUCACUAAAGGCGGAGGCUGCGGCGGUGGCGGUGGCGGUGGCGGUACAAAAAGUCCUGCACCAACAAAAUCAGGUUCAUGUUCGUCUACUGAUGAGCAGAGUCAGCUAUCAUUACUUGCAUUUCUUAUAUCCGCGCUUCGAAAGUCCAUGGUUUCAUGUCGCGUAGAUCGAACCGAAGAAGUUAUUUCAGCAGUUCAUACAAUGGAUAUUGGUUGGCCAACUAAUGUUCAACAUAUUACUCAUGUUACUUUUGAUCGUUUUCAUGGUUUUCUUGGUCUUCCUGUUGAAUUUGAAGUUGAAAUCCCUCGUAAAGUUCCAAGUGCUAGUGUGAGCGUGUUUGGUGUUUCAGCAGAAUCAAUGAAAUGUGCGUAUGACACCAAAGGAAAUAGUGUCCCUUUCAUACUUUUGCUAAUGCAAGAGAGGCUGUAUUCACAAGGUGGUCUUAAGGCAGAAGGAAUAUUUCGUAUAAACCCAGAAAAUGGUCAAGAGGAACAAGUUAGGGACCAGCUUAACCGGGGCAUUGUGCCAGACGACAUAGAUGUGCACUGUCUAGCUGGCCUUAUAAAGACCUGGUUUCGGGAGCUCCCUUCUGGAGUAUUGGAUGGUCUUUCACCAGAGCAAGUUCUUCAAUGUAACAGUGAAGAAGAUUACUUUGAGCUGGUGAAACAGCUUAAACCAAUGGAAGCAGCACUUCUCAAUUGGGCUAUUGAUCUUAUGGCUGACGUGGUAGAGGAAGAGGAGUUAAAUAAGAUGAGUGCCAGAAAUAUUGCUAUGGUUUUUGCCCCAAACAUGACUCAGAUGUCUGAUCCGCUCACUGCUCUAAUGCAUGCUGUUCAAGUCAUGAACUUGCUCAAAACACUUAUAACAAAAACACUUAGGGAACGUGAAGAGGCUGUCACUGACGAGAACUACUCACCAAUGUCAUCCCGUUCGUCAGGCCAGGAAAGUGAUGAGGAAUAUGACAGCCAGCAGGAAAUGGAUACGAGCUGUGAUUCAAGAGGGCCUGGCUCUGAUUGUGAUGAAUCUGCUGAUUAUAAUCACGAUAAAGAGUAUGAACAUGAUGAUGAAGGCGGAUCCUUAAGUGAAGUAGGCCAUGGUUCCUUGAGUGAAAUAGGUGGUUGUUCCUUGAGAGAAAUAGAGGAAUGUUUCUUAAGGCAAUUGGACCGAAACAAGAUAACAAGUAAUCGUACUGAUGAGGCAGAAAUUCUAAAUUCUGAAAGUAAAACCUGGAUAUACAGAUCCAGUAGUGAUGGGAAUCUAUUCGAGUCAAGAAGCUUAUCAGAAAGAUAUGAGAAUGUUAAAGACGUUGAGAUGGAUCAACUAGUCGAGACUGCCUCUUCCAUGCCCUUGCUCAUGACUAGUUGACAUGAGUGUAGAGACUCUUAUCUUCAUAUGGUAGCCUUAAAGCAUUUAUUUGACAAAUGUUUUGUUGUAUGAGCAUUGUUGUGUUUGUAUAUUAGUUUUACGCGUUAGGAACUUAGAAUUUCAUCGAGUCAAGGAUGGAAUGUUAGGACUGGUUUGCUUCGUGUGGAUUAUAGUAGUCAAGGUUCAAAGGUUCAGUUUGCCACUGACCUUUUACUAGAAGAUACAAAAGACUUUCUAGCUUUUGACACUGUACUGGUUAAAGUCUAGUAUUUGAAGUUUCAAGUCUAACCAUAAUUGUACUGUUACAAUUUUUACGUUGAAAAUCGAGCAUUUUCGAGGUAGCAGUCUUGCUAAGCAAUGUUUGUAGCUAUGAAAUUGCUCUUAAUAGAAGUACAAGAGUACGUUCUCUGCUAGCUGUAGCUUAAUAUAGCUUGCUUCGUUUGAAUUGAAGUCAAUUCUCUGUUUUCUUUCAAGGAAUUUCGAACUUUUUGACCAUUUUUUUAUUUGAAUCAUGAAUUGAAGCUAUUUAACGAAUGUCUUCAGUAGAAUAGUAUACUGCUGAAAUUUAAUUCUUUUGCGCAUGUUCAAAGCAUGGUGUGAAUGCUUAGUAUUAGUUACACAACUUUUUUUUUUCUUUUUUUGGAAUGCUUUCCGUUCAUUAAUUCAGAUGUAAAACUAUUCAUUUCAACUAAAGCUGUGUUAUAAGAACAUCUUUUUUUUUUUUUGAAUAGAUUAGAACAUCAACUUAAGUUGUGUUAUUUACUUAUUUUCUUUUCAAAAAAGUAAUUACAGAGAAAAUUUUAGGGCUAUGUUAAAAAAUAAAAAAAGAAAAAGGCUAAACAAAUUUGAUCAUGCCUAAACAUAAGAUAAAAAUACUGAUCAAAGUUCAUUCAAAUAUUCA